GCUAAACAUACACAAACAUGGCGUUGCCACAAGCAGACAGGAUGCUUUAUCCUCUGCGGUGUUCCUUGUACCUUAUUCUAUUCUGGCUUGGAGGAAUAACACCGUCGACGCUUCAUCUUCACCAUGCGGAGCGCGACGUACCACCGCAACACAAAGGAUAUUUUACGAUAGACGCAAAUAUGAAUUUAGCAGACGCGGAUCGAGGGGGCAACGCGGCUCUGCGACUGGCCGCUCUUGGUGCUGCUGAAGGCAGGUCGAACUACGGCGCCCCUCCGCCACAUCGAAGCCGCCGGAGCAGCAGUGAAUCUACCAUGCCGAAGGUGUACGGGCAGGUCAGCCUGAAUGACUCUCAUAACCAGAUGGUCGUCCACUGGGCUGGAGAAAAGAGCAACGUCAUUGUGGCGUUGGCCCGAGACAGUGCUGGAGCCCCAGGACCCAUAACCAGUUCGGUUUAUGUGUCCUAUGACUAUGGCGCCACCUUCACGCUUGUCUCUGGGAAAUUCCAACUGCCUGAGGCCAAGGCAAAGGAUGGUAGCACUCAAAGCAUCUCUCAGUUUUACCACAGUCCUGCAGACAACAAGAGGUACAUCUUUACAGACUCCAUCAACAAUUACCUGUGGAACACCUUCGACUUCUGCAAAAGUGCACAAGGUUUCUCCCUCCCAUUCAAACCAACAGACUUGUUGCUUCACAGCACAUUACCCAAUCUGGCCCUUGGCUACGACGGCUCUCACCCAAACAAACAGCUGUGGAAGUCGGACGACUUUGGUGAGACAUGGUUGUUGAUCCAGGAGCACGUGAAGACCUACUUUUGGGGUGUGGAGCCAUACGACUCCCCCAUGACUGUGCUGGUCCAGAGGCAUGAGCCCCAGGGUGUCUUCACUGUACUCAGCAGCACUGACUUCUUCCAGAGUGAACAGAAUCGCAAAGUGAUUAUGGAGCAGGCUGACAGUUUCCAGCUCAGGGACAAAUACAUGUUUGCCACCACCACAAAGAAACUGCUUGGCAGCCAUGAACCUUCAUCUGUUCAGCUCUGGGUCUCUUACAACCGCCAACCAAUGAAAGCCGCCCAAUUUAGGACACGCCAUCCAAUCACAGAGUACUACAUUGCUGAUGCCUCUGAGGACCAAGUGUUUGUGUGUGUGAACCAUUUGAACAAUGUCACACACCUGUACAUCUCAGACACACAAGGUGUCUCCUUUUCACUGUCAUUGGAGAAUGUUCUAUAUUACAGUCCAGAAGGCUCUGGAAGUAACACACUCAUCAGAUACUUUGCUAAUGAGCCAUUUGCGGACCUGCACCGCGUGGAGGGGCUCCGAGGAGUCUUCAUCGCCACUCUUAUCAACGGGUCCGUCACUGAGGACAACAUGCGAUCGGUCAUCACUUUCGACAAGGGAGGGACGUGGGAGUUGCUUCAGCCACCCACGGCCGACAGCCUGGGAGGAACUGUGGACUGCCAGCUCAGCAAAGGUUGCUCUCUCCAUCUGGCCCAGCGCUGGAGCCAACUAUUAAACAUCCAGCUGAGGAGGACACCCAUUUUAUCCAAAGAGUCUGCACCGGGACUCAUCAUGGCCACAGGUUCUGUUGGCAGGAACUUGGCCAGGAAAGCCAAUGUGUAUGUGUCGAGUAGCGCUGGAGCCCGAUGGAGGGAGGCACUUGCAGGCCCUCAUUUCUACACAUGGGGAGACCACGGGGGUAUCCUCGUGGCUAUCGCUCAAGGUGGAGUCACCACGCACCUCAAGUUCAGCACCAACGAGGGCGAGACGUGGACUGACUUUCAGUUCUCGGACAGAGAGGUGUAUAUUUACCAGUUGCUGACCGAGCCUGGCGAGAAAAGCACUAUCUUCACCAUCUUUGGGUCCUACGCCCACCAGAAGCACAGCUGGCUCAUCCUGCAGGUCAACACCGCCGAUGUUCUGGGUGUUCCUUGUUCUGAGGCGGACUAUAAGCACUGGUCGCCAUCAGAUGAACAUGGUAACGAGUGUCUCUUGGGCCGAGAGAUAACAUUUAAGAGAAGGACGCCUCACGCCACAUGUUUCAAUGGCGAGGACUUUGACCGGCCCGUCACCAUGUCGAACUGCUCCUGCUCCCGCCAGGACUUUGAAUGUGACUACGGCUUCAAGCUGAGUGAAGACUUUUCUCUGCAAGUGUGUUUGCCUGAUCCUGAGUUCUUCGGUGACCUUUACGCUCCUCCUGUACCGUGUCCUGCCGGCACCACUUACCGCCGUAGCAAAGGAUACAGAAAAGUACCAGGUGAUAGUUGCAGUGGAGGAGAUGUGGAAGCCAGACUGGAUGGAGAGAUGCUGCCUUGUCCUGUUGGAGAGAGUAAUGAGUUCAUGUUGUAUGCUCUGAGGAACUCCAUCCAUCGCUAUGAGCUGGCCACUGGCGCUGACCAAGCCCUCCCGCUACUCGGUCUAAAGGAGGCUGUGGCUCUGGACUUCGACUAUGACAGGAACUGUCUCUACUGGGCUGACAUCUUGCUGGAUACCAUACAGCGUCUCUGUCUGAAUGGCAGCACAGGUCAGGAGAUUAUAGUAAAGGAAGGCCUGAUGGAGGUGGAGGCCUUGGCGUUUGACCCCAUCAGCAGAUUGCUUUACUGGGUUGAUGCUGGGGCGCAGAAAAUUGAGGUUGCCAAUCCUGACGGGGACUGGCGUCACACCCUUCUUAACGCCUCCAUCCUGGAACAUCCACGAGCUCUUGUUCUACUACCUGAAGAAGGUCUGAUGUUCUGGACCGACUGGGGAGACACAGCUGCAGGUAUUUACCGAAGCAACAUGGAUGGAACCAAUGUUUCCUCCAUCGCGUCAGAAGGGGUCCGCUGGCCCAAUGGGAUCACAGCUGAUGAUCACUGGCUCUACUGGACUGAAGCUUUCAGUGACCGCAUCGAAAGGGCUGACUUCAAUGGCGGCCAGCGGAGCCUUCUCAUUGAGGGGUUGCCCCAUCCUUACGCCAUUGCCGUCUUCAAGAAUGACUUGUAUUGGGACGACUGGUCCAGAAUGGGGAUUUUUAAAGCUCCCAAAACUGGUGCUCAGAGUAAUGAGCAAAUUAUUGGCAGACUGACCGGGGUUAUGGACCUUAAGAUUUUUUAUAAUGGCAAGACGAGAGGUCAUAAUGCCUGUGCUGACCAGCCAUGUAGCCUGUUGUGUCUGCCUCAGCCUGGCCAUAGGCACACCUGCAUUUGCCCAGAAGGUACCCCAACUACGACCACAUCAGAGGGGCACUUGCAAUGCCAGUGUCCCAGUGGAUACCGGCUUCAAAACACCACCUGUGUUAAGACCGUACUUAGCUGUUCUCCAAACCAGUACCGCUGCAAAAAUGGCCGUUGCAUCAGUAAUAUUUGGAAGUGUGACAGCGACAACGACUGCGGAGACAUGAGUGAUGAACAGGAGUGCCCCACAACGACUUGUGACCCGACCAACCAGUUUCGAUGCGUCUCCUCUGGUUCCUGCAUUCCCUUGGCCUUCAUGUGUGACCAUGAAGACGACUGUGGCGACAACAGUGACGAAGAGCAAUGUGAGUCUCACCAGUGCGGUGCUGGGGAGUUUACAUGUGCACGGGGUGUCUGCAUCCGUGAGGCCUGGCGAUGUGAUGGAGACAAUGACUGUAAAGACUGGUCAGACGAGACUAACUGCACAGUGGGCCAGCAUACAUGUGAAUCCAGUAGUUUCCAGUGCCACACAGGGCACUGCAUACCACAGCGCUGGACCUGCGACGGCGACAAUGACUGCCAGGACAACUCAGACGAAGACCCUCAUUACUGUGAGGGAACUCGUUGCAAAGGCUUCCUCUGCGCCAAUGACACAUGCCUGCCUGUCACCGCGCACUGUAACGGCAUUCGGGAGUGUCCAGAUGGUGCUGAUGAGGACAACUGUGAUCCAUUAUGUACUCGCUACAUGGAGUUUGUCUGCAAGAACCGAGCCCAGUGUCUGUUUCAGUCCCUGGUAUGUGACGGUGUCAAACACUGUGAAGAUGGGUCUGAUGAGGAUGCGGAAUAUGCCAGAUGUGCCACUCCAUCAGAGUUUGGCAAAGUUUGUGACACAUACACCUUCCAGUGUGCCAAUGGAGUUUGUGUGAGCCUGGAGUGGAAAUGUGACGGAAUGGACGACUGUGGUGACUACUCCGAUGAAGCCAACUGUGCUGCUCCUACUGAUGUCCCUGGGUGCUCGAGGUAUUUCCAGUUUGAGUGUAAAAACGGACGCUGCAUCCCAACAUGGUGGAAGUGUGACGGAGAGAACGACUGUGGAGAUUGGUCUGACGAGUCCCAGUGUACAGGUGGAGAAAUUCCUCACACGGUGGCCCCCGCUCCUUCAACAUGUGCCCCCAACCGCUUCCACUGUGGCACAGGUGCUUGUAUUAUCAACACUUGGGUGUGUGACGGCUAUGCUGACUGUCCUGAUGGGAGUGAUGAGCUGGGAUGUCCCACAGUUAAUGUGACGCAGACUCCAGUUUCCACCAAGGCCCCCUCCGCCCCUGGUCGUUGCACUUUGGGUCAGUUUUUGUGUCGGCGUCCACCACGCUGCAUCCCUGACUGGCAGCGCUGCGAUGGCCGGAUCCACUGUCAGGAUGGCUCUGAUGAAUACCAGUGCCCCACCCUCAAGCCGCUUUUUUGUGAGAAUGGAACCUUCUGCUCUGACGGGGAAGCCUGCGUGCUGGCGGAAGACCGGUGUGACGGAUUUUUGGAUUGCUCCGACCACAGCGACGAGGACAACUGCACUCAGGAUACCAUGGCCUAUAAAGUCCAGAACCUUCACUGGACUCCAGACUUCUCAGGUGCCAUCACUCUAACAUGGUCUCGUCCUAAGAAUCUUCCCCUGAAUUCUUGCUAUUACUCCAUCAACUACAGACUUGUAGGCACCCAGCAGUGGACCAUCUUAGACACUCACAGUAACAAGACCAGCUGCAAACUGACGACCCUGAGACCAGACACUACCUACCAAGUGAAGGUGCUCACAUUUUGCCUGAGCAAGCUGCACAACACCAACGAGAUCAUCACAGUCAGGACGCCAGAGGGAUUGCCCGGACCUCCCAGGAACCUGCAGCUGUCUUGUGAUAACAGUAAGGACGGUACAGUGGAUCUUUCCUGGAGUCCCCCUGACAAAGGAAACGGCCUCAUUAGAGAGUAUAUUACUGAGUACGGAGAACAAACGGCCGUUGAGUGGACAUCACAGAGAAGUACCACGACCAACACGGAAGUAAAGGAGCUGCAGCCAGACAGGCAGUACAAGUUCAGGGUGGCAGCAGUGACCAGUCGAGGUAUGGGGAACUGGAGUGAGGUUAAAUCCAUUACACCUAUGAAAGCUCUGCCUCCUCCUUCUGUGAUCACUGACAGCAUCACCGUAGAGUCCAUGAGCCUUUCAUUCAGCUUCAAUUCCCAGUAUGAAGUGAAACAGUACAUUGUGAUCCUGUCCUGGCAGUUUGACACUCACAUGAAGGAGAGCAAAAACUACACGGUCAAGGAGAAGAUCCUCAGAGUGACCAACCUGACUGCAGGGACGAUGUAUGAGGUGGCUGUGUGGGCUCACACCAGUGUCGGUGAUAGUCCCACAGCCUUGUCUCACCACCAGACUGCUGGUGUCCAGCCAGAUAAGCCCCUUCUCAAAGCCCGAGCCCUCAACCAAAUUGCAGUGGACUGCAGCUGGACCAUCGCCAGUGGCUCAUCUUCACAGGUGUUUGGUGUGUUUUAUGCUACAUCCUUCCUUGAUUUGUACCACAGUCCUAGUCAGGUCCAUACCACUUCCACCAACCUGACAAUCACUGUGAACAACGAUGAGCAGUAUCUUUUUUUGGUGCGGACCGUCUCUCCCUUCUUGGGUCCGCCAUCAGAGCACGUUGUGGUUAAAAUGAUUCCCAAUGAAAGGAUGCCACCCCGGAACCUCCACCGUGUGCGUGUAGACAAGACCGAGGCCACACUGAAGUGGCAACCACCUUAUGAUACACCGAACGCACCACUGACGUAUGCAAUUCAUGUGCGGGAUAUGGUCCGCAAGGCGGAGAGGGACUACAAGGUGACCACCCAGAACAACACCGUGGAGUACCAGCUGAAAGGCCUGGAGCCCGGAGGACGCUACAGCAUCUCAGUGCGUCUACGUAACAUGAGCAAGGAAGUUAGCUUCGCUCUGAGCACAGUUGCUCUUCCAGCUCCUGAGGCUUUGAAGAUAUUGAACGAGAAAGACCACAUAUACCUGUUCUGGAAGAGUCUGGCUGUCCAAGAGAAGACCUUUAAUGAAAGCAGGGGGUAUGAGGUGCAUGUGCACGACAGCGUGACCAACAAGACAACCUGCCUGGGAAACACGACCGAUACUUACUUCCGCAUCGGCAGCCUGCAGAAAGGACACAACUACACCUUCUCUGUCCAGGCUCGCUGCUUGCUCAGCGGCCAACUAUGUGGCGAGCCUGCACUGCUGCUGUAUGACCAGUUUAGACCAGGAGGGAGUGAGGCCUCCUCAGGCGAAAGCCAAUCGCAGGACAUGGCGGCGGUCGUAGUCCCGGUCCUUUUCCUGCUGCUGCUAGGAGUAUGCGGCGGCUUGGUGGCGCUCUACUUCAGACACCGGCGACUACAGAACAAUUUUACAGCCUUUGCAAACUCCCACUACAACUCUCGCCUGGGCUCUGCCAUUUUCUCCUCUGGCGACGAACUAGUGGAUGAUGAUGAUGAAGAUGCUCCCAUGAUCAGCGGCUUCUCGGAUGACGUUCCCAUGGUUGUGGCGUAGCAAGACAUCCCUCCUUGCCCGCUUCCCCUCCCUGCGCCCUGUUGACAGGAAGUCAGCCAAUUAGCAAGAAAGAUGAAGAAGCGUGUAAAGAGAGAUAGAUAUUUUUCAAAUAUACAAUGCACUUUUUUGGAUGCGCAAUAACUUAUUUUUUAUAUGAAAAAAAAGAAUAUAUGUAUAUGGGGACAUAAAAGGACUCGGAAGAUGCGGUGGAUGUUGAGGCAUACUGUGAAGAAUUGAGUGUUUGUUGCAGAACGGCAGACCCCAUUUUGCGCGGUCCAUUGCUUAAAACCAAAAUAAGCAUCCGGAGACCUAAACACACACGAAGAAAAACACAUUCUCAUGCAAUCCACAAAAUAAGAUCCAACAAUUACGAUGAAAUGAUUUGAAAGAAUGAUGCAGAGGUUAUGAUCUGCGUUCAUCUCUCGGUGUGGCUGCUGAUUCAUUUUAUACCAUUCAUUGAUUCUUACAGAACAUGCUUUCAUUUGUGUCGUGGAAGUGGAACGUUGAUUUGCCAUAAAUGUAGUGGAGGUGUGUUUUGGAGUUCUCAGGGAAUUGCGGGUACCAGCAUCGACGUCGUCAUGGGUUUUAGCCCGCACCGUCCACUGACUUUAAAACUUUAACUUUAAAAUGGUACUGGAUCAGUGGACGCGUGGUGGACAGGCUGUAGAUUGUAGCUGCUGUUAGGAGCCAGGAAUCAGGAAUUUAGAGCAAAAUCCUCUCCCGCCCCUCCAAAAAAACUUGCUUAUUGUGGGAUUCAGUCAUGCAGAGUUUUUAGAUUUCAUUUCCAUCACCCUUGAAAUAUUUAAAAUCAUUUGGCUUUAGCUUUGUAGUGGCGAGAGAUGGACGCCUCCUGACGUGCAAUUCUCUACCAACACGCUAGGGGCCACUGUUAUCCUGAGCGUGAGUAACCAUCACUCUCGUUGACGAGCUAUGUCGAGUAGUUUGCUGUGUUGUAAUAGUGAACCAUAGCGACUUCAGCGACAUUCAGAUUGUUAAUAUAUAUGUUAAAGUUAAUAGUAACGCGCCACAUUUCACUGUCGGUAACAGUAACAGCGUUGUAACUUCUGAAAUAGUAUUUAAUUUGAUUACCAGUCAUUUGAAUACAAUAACGCUGUUCUUUUUAUACUCCCAACACAUACCGCAUAUAAAUAUGCAUUAUCUUAGGCAAUUGGAGAACAGGUGGGGUGCGUUGUGAUUGUGUAUGACCAUACAUUUCUAGUUUAACGUGUGUCCCAUGCUUAGAUUUGUUAUUUUUCUCACUCCGCAUGGACCAUACAAACCCUCUAGUCCCCAAACCGUAUUCAAACUGGUCCUGGGCGAUACUGCAAAUUUGGGUAUCGCUCUUAUACCAAGUAAGUGCACAGCCAGUUUUUCAGAUGCCGAUACUUUUUACUUGAUAUUCUUAAAGAUCAUAUCAUUGAAUGAUUUUAUUGUUACUACAAUCAAAAUAAAACAAAUACAUAUAGGUACACAGAGAAUUUGUACACAUACAUAUACAGUAUAUAUACACACAAUUUCUACAAUUUAUCGUUUGAGCAAAAUAGAGUCGAUAAUGCAAAAGCAAAAACUACUCUCAUUCAGAUCCUUUGUCUUUUUGGACUUCUUCCCUGAGUUUGUAAGCAAUAUAUAAAUAUAGCAAUAUCAACAAUGUAACAAUACCAACAACACAACAACAACGAAAAACAUAUUUGUGAAUAUAAACAGAAAAGAACUGGAAAAAUAUCAAUCUUGUCAUCAAGCGUCAAUCCAAUAUUGAUACUACACUUGCUAUUGUGAUGGGGAAACUUAUAGUUCACAGGUGUAUAACUUUAGUCACAUGCUUUUUGAGCCUGUAUACUGUGUAGGGACUCUGAGUGUUACAUUGCAAUACAGGGUGUCUCUUCAUGUAAAUUAAAUGACGUUAGGUGAGGUGAAGAAUCAACCAGGAUACCACUGUGUGAUUAGGCCAUCUCUCAGAGGCUGCCUCCCCCAGUAAAGUACCAAUAGGGGGUCCUGAAACCACCUGUUGACACCCAAAUAUUACCUUUUGAUGCCAUAGACAAAGCAGCAUCGGGGAAGAGAUUCAAUGUAAUUCAUUUGCACUUAAUGAAUUAUAAGGGGCGCAGACAGGAAGCCACCCUGUGAUGCACGUUCUUUUCAGACGAACUGACACCAAGAAUGUCUCCUUUUACAUUGGAAUUCAUUUGCAUGCACUGGGGUAUAAGAAUCACAGUCAGGAGGCCACUCUUGGCCAGACAGCCAUGUCUGAUCUAUUUUGCAAAAGAAAUCUACUGCGCAAACUCCCUGUCUUUAUUUCAGGCUUUCUCUUUUCUUAAGAAAGACAUUUUUUUCCACAAUAGCAUCAAUAUGUGGAUCUAUCCACCCACCCCUAGGUUUAUUCAAGACAUGUUGAAAAUGGACCCUACUGUUGAGCAAUUUAAACAAAUUUAUGUUUUUUUUUACAUGAUUCUACUAUUUUUUUUUAAUCCUAAUCAUUCCUGCAUUUGAAAUGCUUUUAUGGAAAAUAAACGGAAUUGUGCAAAAAAAAUCACGCACGCGACAUGCAUUUUUAUUAUUAUUUUUUUUUUAUGUACGUCAGUGUCAACCAUAAAUCCAAAAUUCCUCCCUGCUGUCCGAAACACGAUGUUUCUGCAUGACCUGAAACUACAAAUACAUCAAGCGUCAACCCAUUUUCGAGACGCUUUUUCCGGCCCAAUGUAUAUAAGCUCAUCGUUGCACGUUCCAUAAAUGUGUCACACACGUCUGAUUCCGCCCACCCCCCGACCCCACCUGAAUGAUAUCGUCACUUCACUGAUAGGGAAAUGAAACGUCGUGCGUGUCGCCUCCUUGGGUCUUCUGCUUUAUCCGGACAGGUUGUAUUUGUUAAGACGUCUUCAUGAAUGUAUUUUAUACUUGUGUUUUUUUUUUUUUAAAGCGCAUUACGGCAUCACUGUGUGUGAAUACUAACGGUUGGUGAACACCAUACCUGUCAACCGGGAACCUGCCCAAUCUCCCAUUUAAACAGUUCCCCGUAAAUUAUUUUAACUUUCAUUAAAAACAAAUGUAAAAAAAAAAAAAAAGCCUCUCUGGUAUAGCAGAUGACACCAGUGACGGUGUCCAUGCUUGAGCAACAGCAUUAGCAGAGGCCAGGCAGGGAUUUCCCUCAUUUUCCGGAUAAUUUCUACUGUAUUUCAGGUGCAGGUGUUGACAGGUAUGGUAAGCAUCUUGUACACAACUUGCCAUUUGUACGACCCACUGAACUCAACGGUACCAACCAACUUAGGUGAGGGUCUUUGCUGACACUUGGUCUUUAUUUCCUCACUUUUUGUGUUGUCUUUGCCUUAACUUUGAUUUUUCUGGCAAUAGUUUUGUAAUUUGUACUAAUUGUCACCACAUGAUGCCUUUUUGACAUACAUCAGGCGUUCAUGUCACAUGUGAUAGAACAGAAUAAUGUCGCAUGCAUGCAUACGUUCACUCUUACUUACUUGGGCAUUUGUUCGGUUUGGUCAAAUCACUGCUCCUUUCGGUCACCUUCAGGGCUUUUUUUUUUUCCAACUUGUGUACAAAGUGUAAUUAUUCUUUAUUUGGCCAUCUGUGCCCAGUUUUUUUCUUUGUCAAAAAGUUUGCUUUAAAACGUUUGGCACGGAUACUACAUCUUUGACGAUAUAGAUGUCUUGUUUGCUUGUCUCAGAGGUUGCAAGAAGAAAAAAAGAUGUUUAACAAACAGUGUGAGGUGUUUUAAAAGCCACUUAUGCUGAAAUAAAGGCGAUUUCAAUUUCCACUUGACUGCCAUUUGUGCUCUCUGAAGGAAAUUGACCGGGUUCAAUGUGCCAAAAGGCUGAAACGAUUCAUGAAAGGACGGCCUCAGCAGUGAUCGUUUCUAAAACGGUGAACAGCAGCAGGACUGAGGCUGAACACCUGAAAUUCAACACAAAGUUUGGCUGUAUGGGCAGCAGCUUCCCUCGAAUUACAUUAUAAUGAGUACAUUAUGCUUCUUUUACUGUGUUCUUUAACCACAGAGUCCGCAACUCUCACAACGUCAACCUACUGCGAAGCUAUCCUGUCUUAUCUUAAUAGCGACAAAAGUUCAGGAAUAUCUUUAUGCAAUAGCAGCCAAUAUGAAGAGUUUGAAUAAACAGGUCUCUUCUAUAUUCCAGACACCUUUUCGUCUACCCGAGAAUGUCUUUUCCUCCUCUGGAGAUCACGUCGGGGUCACCAUUAAUUGUUGGAGAUGAAAUUCUCGACAGCCACUUUAGAAAAAUUAAUUAAGCCAAUUUCACCUCCCCCUUACGUGUUCGUUGAUCUCCAGUUU